GCGGCGGGCGCCGUGGAGUGGAUGUACCCGACUGGGGCACUCAUUGUCAACCUGCGGCCCAACACCUUCUCGCCCUCCCGACACCUGACCGUGUGCAUCAAGCCCUUCAGGGACUCCUCGGGGGCCAAUAUUUAUUUGGAAAAAACUGGAGAACUGAGGCUGCUGGUGCGGGACGGGGACGGCGGGCUCGGCGGGGUGCAGUGCUUCGGCCUGGAGCAGGGCGGCCUGUUCGUGGAGGCGACGCCCCAGCAGGACAUCAGCCGGCGGACCACGGGCUUCCAGUACGAGCUGAUGAGCCGCAGCAGGGGGUCGGACCUGCACGCGCUGUCUGCCCCGUGCCGCCCUUGCAGUGACACCGAGGUCCUCUUAGCCGUCUGCACCAGUGACUUUGUUGUCCGAGGCUCCAUCCAGGACGUCACCCACGAGCCAGAGCGUCAGGAGUCGGCCAUCCACUUGCGAGUGGACAAGCUGUACCGGCAGAAGGGCAGGGUCUUCCAGCCGGCUCCCGAGGGCGACAGCCACUGGCAGGGGCACGUCCUGACACUGCUGGAGUGUGGCGUGCGGCCGGGGCACGGUGACUUCCUCUUCACCGGCCACAUGCACUUUGGGGAGGCGCGGCUUGGCUGUGCCCCACGCUUCAAGGACUUCCAAAGGAUGUACAGGGACGCCGAGGAGAGGGGGCUGAACCCCUGUGAGAUCGGUGCAGAGUGACCACAGGGUGACCCGGGGCAUCACCCCCUCUCCUGAUAAGCCACUGCAGGCUGCCGCGGAUGCUCGAAUCCUGCUGGGGGCCGCACGCUGGGGUCCGCACGCCCCGGUGCUGGCUGGGCCCUGGUGUUCAGCUGUGGAGGUUCAUGCCACGUUUGACCCCACAAGGUCUCAGCUGAGGAUGCCCUGAUCAAUUGGAAAUGCUGUAAAAUGCAAA